AUGCUCUUGUUCGAGUGCUUUCCGCCUUGCUCAGCACUCAAGAGGGAGCUCUCCCGGCGGGAGUGCUUGCCAUUACACACCACCUCCCUCUACACCCCCUCUUUUUCCCCUCAGGUCGAGUUCCUCCCCAGCCACCGCUUCAGUGCAGCAGCCGUGUGGCAGCGGUGGAGGGAGAGCUACCCUGCCGUCGAGUUCCUCCCCAGCCACCGCUUCAGUGCAGCAGCCGUGUGGCAGCGGUGGAGGGAGAGCUACCCUGCCGUCGAGUUCCUCCCCAGCCACCGCUUCAGUGCAGCAGCCGUGUGGCAGCGGUGGAGGGAGAGCUACCCUGCCGUCGAGUUCCUCCCAAGCCACCGCUUCAGCGCAGCAGCCGUGUGGCAGCGGUGGCGAGAGAGCUACCCAGAUGGUCGCUGCGCGCAGCCCGACUCUAUUACCUUCUUCACCGGGGAGUUUGACGGCAUGCCACUGCAGCUGCAGCGGAAAUCGGCUCUGGCCGCCAGCAAGCUCAGGCUCAUGAUGAGUGGCUCUGCCGCAUGCCCGGACGAGCUCAUGCGGCGGUGGCAGCAGGUCACGGGGCAGAGGCUGCUGGAGAGAUACGGCAUGACGGAGUUCGCCAUGGCGCUCACCAACCCGUUGCUAGGGGAGAAGAAAUCAGGCUCGGUUGGUGCAGUCAAUUGCGGUCAACUGAGGUCAGCUGAAAUCAGCGUGUUACUGGGAGAGAAGAAAUUAGGCUCAGCAGGCGUGCCACUCAGCGGGGUGAAGGUGAGUGUGGGCGGCAUGACCAAAGGCGUAGCAGCGCCAGCAGCAGCAGCAGCAGCAGCAGCAGCAGCAGCAGCAGCAGCAGCAGCAGCAGCAGCAGCAGCAGCAGCAGCAGCAGCAGCAGCAGCAGCAGCAGCAGCAGCAGCAGCAGCAGCACCAGCAGCAGCAGCAGCAGCAGCAGCAGCACCAGCAGCAGCACCAGCAGCAGCAGCAGCAGCAGCAGCAGCAGCAGCAGCAGCACCAGCACCAGCAGCAGCACCAGCAGCACCAGCACCAGCAGCAGCACCAGCAGCAGCAGCAGCAGCAGCAGCACCAGCACCAGCAGCAGCACCAGCAGCAGCAGCAGCACCAGCAGCAGCAGCAGCAGCACCAGCACCAGCAGCAGCAGCAGCACCAGCAGCAGCAGCAGCACCAGCACCAGCAGCAGCACCACCAGCAGCAGCACCAGCAGCAGCAGCAGCAGCAGCAGCAGCAGCACCAGCAGCAGCACCAGCAGCAGCAGCAGCACCAGCAGCAGCAGCAGCACCAGCAGCAGCAGCAGCACCAGCAGCAGCAGCACGUGGAGUGGGGGCUGGGGAGAGCUACUGGAAACAGCAGAGGCGUUUGACCCACAGGGGUGGUUCCGGACGGGCGAUAUUGCAUCGGUGGACAGCCAUGGGUACUGGCAGAUUCACGGCACAUCCGCUCAUAUCCGAGGCAGCAGUGUUGGGAGUGCCGGACAGGCAGCAGGGGGAGGCAGUGGCGGCAGUGGUGGUGCUUCGGCAUCCGCUCAUAGCCGAGGCAGCAGUGUUGGGAGUGCCGGACAGGCAGCAGGGGGAGGCAGUGGCGGCAGUGGUGGUGCUUCGGCAUCCGCUCAUAUCCGAGGCAGCAGUGUUGGGAGUGCCGGACAGGCAGCAGGGGGAGGCAGUGGCGGCAGUGGUGGUGCUGGGAGCAGCCCAGCAGCGGAACCACCAGCAGGGGCAGGGGCAGGGCGCUACUGCGGGAGGUGUUACUGGGGGAGGUGUUUCUGACACCAGCGAGGUAGCACCUGGAGAGCAUCCUGUGAUCACUCUGGACGAGCUGAGGAAAUGGGCAGCCCCCCGCAUGGCCCAUUACAAGCCAUGGCACGCCAUGCCAUGCAUCCUCUUGUCUCCCCUUCAUCAUGACCAUGUGCCACCUCCCCUCGCCCAUCCCCCUUGCAAGCAGGUGCCAUGGCGCUUGAGAGUGGUUGCUACCACGCCACGCAACGCCAUGCUAAGCCAUGGCACGCCAUGCCAUGCAUCCUCUUGUCUCCCCUUCAUCAUGACCAUGUGCCACCUCCCCUCGCCCUUCCCCCUUGCAAGCAGGUGCCAUCGCGCUUGA